AUGGCAGGGUGUCUAGUGGGGGUUGUGUCUAAUGGUAUUGAGGGCCAACCGAGUCCACUCGCCAAAGAUCCCAAAUUUGCCUGCGUUGCCUCGACGCUUGGACCUCAGCCCCAGCCUAUCAUGGAAAGCUCCCAGAAGAUGUGCCGCCUCCUCCGCAGCAACCGCACAAUUCUCCCCCCACGCAACACCCGUCGCCGGGGACCAGUUCUUCACUCGGGGACUACGCGAGCUCGAAAUAUGCGAAGGAUUGAGAAGCGGAUUAACAUGCACGAACAGCGAAUCACCCGCCUCGCCCAGGCCAUCUAUGGACCACCAUUCCCCGCGUAG